CGACGUCUGGCUACGGACCUCCCCCACCCCCGCCAGCGGGAUCCCGGUCGCCAUGGCGACGGCUGGGCGUUGGGCCGCCGUCGCGCUGCUGCUGCCGCUGCUGCUGGGCGCGGGGCCCUCGGCCGGGCACAGCUUCUCCCUGCCCCUGCGGCGGCCCCGCGACUGCGGCGAGCCGCGCUACUUCGACACCGCCAGCCUGGCGUGCGGGGCGUGCGGGCCGCACCAGCGGGGCAGCGCCUCGGGUACUUCAUGUGUAUGUUUACCAGGAUUCAAGAUGGUUUCUAAUAAUGGUGGGCCAUCUGUUACUUGUGAAAAGUGCCCUGAAAAUGUGAAUGGAGUCACUGAAGAUGGGUGGAAUUGUAUUGCUUGUCCUAAAGGCUUAACUACAGAAGGAAAAUGUAAAUGCCUCAACAAUGAAAUUUUAGUGGAAAGGGAUGUUAAUGGAACAUUGUUAAAAGAAGCAUUAUGUAUACACUGUGAUGGAAGUGAACAAUCCUUUUCUACUUCAGAUGUCUUAGGAAAUAGGUGUAUAAGAUGUGAACAGACAUUCAUCAAUGUAAGCAAGUCUUGUGACUGUUCAGAGCCAAAUAUUUUAACAGGGGGUUUAUGCUUUAGUAGCAGUGGACACUUCCCUCCAAAGGGAGUAGCAACUAUUCGCUAUGGGCAGCUAGGUAUAACAGUGACUUCAGCAUGGUUUCAAAAAAAUCUACAAGCAUCAGCAGCUGCUUGCUGGCUCUAUUCAAAUCUAACUUCAUGUCAAGCACUGGGAAAUAUGUGUGUUAUGAAUAUGAACUCUCUAAGCUCUGCCAGUACUGAUGCAUGUGGUUUGUUCCAGUAUAUCUACACAAAUACAGCAGGGCUAGGCAUUGUUCAUUCAAUAUCCUUCUGGAGACACUAUCUGCCAUGGAUCUACUAUGGUGACCAGCCAGGGUUAGCGUCUCAAGUACUUGAUACAACCCAGUUUCCUACAGGCUUCAGUUUUAAAGGAACAAAUAAGAAUAUAAAACUGCAAUUUAUCGCAGCCUCAUAUGACAUAGAGGGAAACUUUCUUAAAUGGCAGAGUUUGGAAGGAGGUGUCUUACAGCUUUGUCCAGACACUCUGACUCGAUUGGAUGCUGCUUAUAUUUUUGGAACAACUUAUCAACAAAGUUGUACAGUUUCUGUGUCCAAGAUUUUAAUGAGUUUUCCUAAGCCAAUAUUUUAUGAUGUGUACCUUGAAUAUCCUGAAGAUAAUGGACAACAAUAUCUUUGGGCUAUACCAGUUUUAAACUUAAACCUUCAAUACAAUGAAAUGCUUGUGAAUCAAGGCAGUAAUAGAAACAACUGGCUUCUGACCCGUCGAAUUUUUUUGGUGGAUGCCUUGGGUGGAAAAGAGAAUGACUUGAAAAAACAACCAAGAAUCAUUCGAAUUGCUAGCAGAAUAACAAUCAGUAUUCAUCUGGUACCCAACACUCAAAGAGGAGCUAUCUAUCCUCCUCUAAUUACCAUUGCCUACACUGAUCUUCUGGUCCAAAAUCCUGAUACCCAGAGUGUGACGGUUUCCUUCUCAGUCAAUUAUGAAAUGAGUCAAUCAGAGGCUCAAAUCCAGACUGAUAUUGCGUUGGGUGUGCUGGGUGGGCUGGCAGUUUUAUGGUCCCUUCUUAAGACUGCUGGCUGGAAGAGGCGUACUGGAAGUUCUGUAAUUGACUUGCAGACUGUUUUUAAAUUCUUGCUGUUCUAUGCUGGAGACCUUGCCAAUGUUUUCUUUAUCAUCACAGUGGGAACAGGGAUUUAUUGGCUUAUUUUCUUCAAAGCACAGCAAUUUGUUUCAGUUCUUUUACCAAUUCCAUCUCAAGAAAAGCAUUUUGUUACAUAUAUAGGAUGUGCUUUUACUCUAAAGGCUCUGCAAUUCUUGCAUAAACUCAUUUCACAACUUCUUGUAGAUAUUUUCUUUAUUGACUGGGAACGACCGAAAGGAAAAGUACUUAAAGCUGUUGAAGGUGAAGGUGGCAUUAGAAGUGCUACUGCACCUGUGAGCAUCUGGAGGACAUAUUUUAUAGCCAAUGAAUGGAAUGAAAUUCAGACUGUGAGGAAAAUAAAUCCACUCUUUCAAGUACUUGCAGUUCUUUUCUUUUUGGAGGUUGUGGGGUUUUCAAACCUGGCUCUAAUGGAUUCUUCUUCAAGUCUGACAAGAAGCAGCGAGAGUUACAUUGCUCCCUGGAGCUGCAUUCUGAGAUUUGGUGUGUCUUCUGCUGUCUGGCUUGUCAUUGCCAUGUUACAGUUGAUAUUUUUUGCUGUGUUCUACGAGAGAUUCAUAGAAGAUAAAAUAAGACAAUUUGUUGAUUUAUGCUCUAUGAGCAAUAUUUCAGUAUUUCUCUUGUCACACAACUGCUUUGGAUAUUAUAUCCAUGGUCGGUCUGUGCAUGGACAUGCAGAUACCAAUAUGGAAGAAAUGAAUAUGAACCUAAAAAGAGAAGCGGAAAAUCUGUGUAGUCAAAGAGGUUUGUUACCCAACACAGAUGGCCAGACAUUUCAGAUUUCUAUUUCAAGGAGAAUGCGACAGCAAUAUGAUAGGAUUCACGAAACCCUAACAAGAAAGCACGGUCCUACUAGGCUUUUAGAUUCAUCUGCAAAUACUUUUGAGCAGAGCACAAAGGCAUACCACACGAUGAACAAGUUUCUUGGCUCCUUUAUUGAUCAUGUUCAUAAGGAAAUGGAUUAUAUUGUAAAAGACAAGUUGCUGCUUGAACGAAUUCUUGGCAUGGAGUUCAUGGAACCCAUAGAAAAAAGUAUCUUUUACAAUGAUGAAGGACAUUCAUUCAGUGAUGUGCUCUAUUACGGGAAUGAGGCCACACUUCUCAUCUUUGACAUGCUGUUUUUCUCUGUUGUGGAUUUGGCUUCCCAAAGUUUUGUGCUAGCAGCAACUCUCACUUAUGUGCAACAAGAGAUUUUUAGAUUUAUUCGAAAUACAGUGGGGCAGAAGAAUUUGGCAUCCAAAACCUUGGUGGAUGAAAGAUUUCUUAUUUAAUUGACUCAUUUGAUGAAAGACCUUUUCCAAGAGCGAAUCAUGGAUUUAAAGGUUUAUUAACUGCAUAUUAGUUUGCAGUACUAUGUUAAAUAUUUAAUGUAAAUAAUUCAAUUUUGUCUCAUUUUAUACUGUAUGCAGAAGAUUUUUAUUUUUCUGCAAUUUGCAGAUACAUUUGUGUUUGGGACACUAAACCACAUGUCUUAAGGGAAUGGUAGAUUAUGCCUUGGCAUGUCUUCACUGUAGGAAGUUAAACUAGCACUGUUGUUAGCACAAGAUAAAAUCCUUUUAUUGCCUUCAGUAAGAGUGUGAAUUGUGUAUUUUUCAGAGAGAAUUUCAGUACAUCUGACACUAACUGGAGUUAUAAUCUUCUUUUACAUGUGUUCCCAUAAUUGCUUAAAGAAUUGUUUUCAAUUUACUAUAAAAAUGUUUAUCAAGUAUAUUUCAGUUUGAACACAACAAAAGAUUGGCCCAAAAUUCCAAAUUAAUGUUUCUAGAUUGGCAAAAUAGAGGUAGUGAGAUGUACCUUUCAGGACGGUUUUCAGAUCUGGGGAUAAAAAUAUUGCAUAAGUGCCUCUUUUGCUGUACUUUAGUUUUUAACGUGUUUUCUGGUUAUCUCCUUUUCUGACAUUUUUCCCUUAUGAUUUUAACAUGAGGAACAUGUCCGUAUGAUCUGUUUCAACCAUUGGAAUUUAAUCCACUUAAUAAGCGGCUUUUUAACAACUAUUAAGGUUUAUAGGCAGAUUAAAGUCCAGGAGAUAGUGAAGUGCCAACUACUAUGUAUUCCUUUGAAACAUCUCCCUGAGACUGUCUUUUAAAAAAUAUAAUAUAUAUAUUUUCAAUAAAGAAGUAAUAGUUUCACUAUUUUGUAACUAUUUCAUAAGCUAAUUCAGCAGGACCUUGCAACAACAUUUUUUUUUUUAUAAACGCACCAAUGCAGGUAAGCUUACCUAUUCAACCAAAGAGUGUUUAAACUGGUUUUAAGUCCCAUUGAAGUCAGUAGAAUUUAUUGUAUUUUAAAAUAAAUUGUGUGCUUCCCUGAAAUGAGGCAAUUAUUCCAUAUAUACACAAAGACACUCCUGUAAAGAUGCUAUGUAAUUUUUUUUUUUUAACUGUGGUGGUAACACAUCUUUAACAUCUCAUAGACUUAAGUCUCAAGUUUGUUAGCGAUCCAAAAACAAAUGCUGUUUGCUAGUCCAGCCUGUUUACCAUCAUUUGGUAAAGCAUGAUGAAUUUCCAGUUGUCAGGGUACAUUAGGAGAGUCUGCUCAGGUUUUUUUUUCCCCUUCCCUCCCCCAGUGGGACAUCUGUGUUAAGGGACAUGUAGCUUAGCACAGCCAUCUACUUAUGCACAUGCUUUCUGUGCACUACUGCCUAUGCAUGGAGAUGGUUGAGUCUAUUAUUGUAUUCAGACGCAUAGUACUUUUAACUGAGCACAUUCUAUCCCAAAGGGUUCUGAAUGUGAAAAAUGCAACACUUGUAUGAGCUAGUGCUAGUUCACAUAACAAUACAUGUGUUGGCCUGGACAAAAUGGAGGUCAUAGCUUGAAAACCAGGUACAGUACCUUUUGGUUUUACAGUAACUCAGUUAACUGUUAUGAUGGCUAACUAAACUGUGAAUCUACCCCUGACCUAACAAGUAUGAGGUUCUGUGACAAUGUGAGGUUCUGUGCUGUUACCUCUCAGCUCUGUGUUGUUGGGGAACCCUGGCACAGUGCACAGCCUGUCUGACUCGCAAUGGACUCAGCCCCCACCCCACCACCCACCUGAACAAGAACUGAUUAGAGGAAGGACUUACAAAAAACAAUGAAGAUGCAGGGGGAGACGCAUCUAAAGCGCUCCAAACAAGUGUGAUAAGAGUGAAGCAACUACCCUGGUCUCAUUUGCAUCAGAGAUGAAACCGGAUGACAACUCAUUUAAAUGGGAAAUGAGACCGGAAAGUACCUUCAUUAGCACUCAGGAUGGAGAACAGAGAUUCCAAGGCAAGGACCGCACUCAAUUCUGGGACCAGAGAAGCAGGGGAGCACUGCAUGAUGGGGGAAUCUCUGCUCCCAUUGUAAUCAGCCCACGUCUACACACACCCAGCUCAGCAUUUAUCAGACCAAUUCUAGUAAUGACUCCUUUAUUGGUACCCAAAACACUGAAUCUGCCUGUCUGUAUUGUGAGCUCCCUCAGAAUUAUGCCACCCAUAGCCAGGAAUGAUCAGUUCGUGUUAUCCAGCAUAUGAGCCAUUGUUUACCCAUAAACAAACCUGGUGUUCUCCCUUCAGCCAUUGUUAGUUCACUACAAAAACCCCUACUCAAGCUCAAGUUUCUUUCCUGGUGCUUGGAUCCAAAAGCUGCACCAGUUCCACUCCUUUUCUGCCUGGAACCCCUUCAUCAAUCGUGCUGAGGGCUCUGCCUGUCUGCAAGCUCCAACAAACACUUGGGAACCACGACUGGUUCAAGCUUCGCUGAGUGGUGGGACCCCAACUCUCUCUCUCUCUCUGUCUGUCUGUCUCUCUCUCUCUCUCUCUGACUCCAGGAGCCUGACUUUUGCUGAUCAAACUUGAGCUAGCUCUCCCCAAAUACCUAAUUACAACUAUGUAAUAUUGUAACUGUUUUAUUGGUCUCUCUUGUAUGGCUGUUACUACUGGUGUCAUCAUAAGUUCAUAUAUCUGGCAAUAAAUAACUUUUAUGGUCAA